UUGGCCUUAGGUAACACGAAAGAUGCCGAGGAAGCUGAGUGGCAGAAGAACAAAGGCCAGUUUUUCUUGCACGAAAUGAUGCACCUUGACGCCGUUGGAAACCCUGACAUCAAGGCUGGCACAGCAUCCGCUCAACCAAGGAGGAGGACUCGAGGAGCCGCGCGAGCAAGCACCAACGCCGACAGCUACGCCUGGCUGGCCAACAGCCUGUACUUCUAUGAUGCGACGGGCUACUUCCCCAGACCACCAAAGUACAGGAAAAUUGCCGAAAUCGACAACAUCUCACCUGCCAACGAAUCUCGCGCCCAAGAUAUCUUCCCUGUAUACCUUGGAGAGUUCAAGGGCGAGGUCAAGGACGAAGAAGUCACGAAGAGGUUUCAGGCCGAUAUCAAGGGUCUGGAGUUCACACCACCUACACAGACCGACUCUUGCAAGAGCGAUAAUGGCUGCUCAUCACCCGCAUGUACUGGUGUUGGUGCUGUAUACUCUUGUGUUGAGGGUACAUGCCAAUGCGGCUCCCAGAAGCCACCACCAGCGCCGCUGAGCCCGCCUCCUGCGGGGUUGCAAGUGCGAUGA